AUGGCUACAUCUUCCACAUCCCCCGAUACCUCUUCAACAAGUGUACCUAAGAAACAAGAAGUGAAACUGCUGUACUACAAGCGAGUACGCUCCCAUUGCGCCCCCGAGAUUAAAGCAUUCGCCGAGUGCGCCGUUAACCGCACCGUCACUGCAACAUGGGUCUGCCGCCAGCAACGUCUUGCGAUGAAUUCAUGCAUGGUCGCCCACGCGAAGCCGGAAGAAGAGGACCGCGCACGUGAGGAGUGGUUCGCGGGGUAUGAGGAACGCCGACGUGUGAAAGAGGAGGAUCUUGCACGUGUCGAGAAGCGGCGUGAGGAAGUUAUUCGCAUGAUGCGCGAGGAUGAAGCGCGCGCGCGAGCGGCAGGAAAAUGA